CCAAGGUCCUGGAUCCAGGAAGCCAACAUCGCGGGAUCCUCGACACGCAUAUCCCUCCCCCCUCUGUCGGCCAUCAACACACAUCCCCCGCAUCGAGUCCGACCACGAUUUUGCCCACCAUGGCCGAAGACUCUGUCCUCGCCCCCAAGUUCGCGCCGUUCAUCGGAAUGGCCGGCAUUGCGGCUGCCAUGAUCUUCGGAUGCAUCGGCGCCGCAUACGGUACCGCCAAAUCAGGAAUCGGUAUCGCUGGUGUCGGAACUUUUAGACCCGACCUCAUCAUGAAGUGUCUGAUUCCUGUCGUUAUGUCCGGUAUCAUUGCUGUCUACUCUUUGGUUAUUUCGGUCCUCAUCGCCCAAGAUUUGGUGCCUCCCGGUGCUGGAAGCAACUACAGUUUGUUCAACGGCUUUAUGCAUCUUGCCUGCGGUCUGUCCGUUGGCUUCACUGGCCUUGCGGCUGGCUACACAAUCGGCAUCGUUGGCGACAAGGGUGUGCGCUCAUACAUGGAGCAAUCCCGCAUCUUCGUCGGCAUGGUCCUGAUUCUUAUUUUCGGCGAAGUCCUGGGUCUCUACGGCCUCAUUGUCGCUCUUAUCCUGAACACCAAGUCCAAGGGAUAAUAACCUCCCGAUUCCCCGAAUAAUUCAAACGGCGAUAACUAACUACAACUUAACACCACCCUUCAACGAAACAAACUGUACAUUAAGCCAGGAAACCGCCGGACGUCAGGUUGAAGAAACAUCAAAAGAGAAGGUGUAUGGGGUGGGGUGGUUUCUGGUCCAAACCAGCAUAUGGCACGGCGUUACAAUAGGACCCUCGUGUAGAUUUUAUGUAUGACGGGCUAGAAGAAGGUCUCGGGAGCUGUGGAAGGUAUGAUAGGCAUCCGGGCUCAGUAUCUUUGAAAUUUUUCGAACGCAA